UAAUCCAGUAAAGUCAUUUUACCACGCUCCCUUUUUUACAACGCGACCUUUGAACCUGUCGUAAACUCACUGCCGUAUUAUAUCAUGUUGCCGAUAAAAACAGGCGGCCUCUGCAGACUCCUACAGGCUUGCAAAUCUAAAGACGUAUUCUUACACUUGCCGGCGUUUGUGGUUUGUAGAAACAUGUCUAAACGACCGGAGACUUUGUUGGGAACCAUGGCGUUUGGAGGGCGAGCUGACGGCGAGCAGAGCCGAGCCCUGGUGAGCGCGUUCCGGGAGAGAGGACACGCUCACCUGGACACAGCCUUCAUGUACAUGGACGGACAGUCCGAGACCAUCAUAGGCGGCAUGGCCCUGCCCAAAACAGUAACAAUAGCUACCAAGGCCAAUCCCUGGGAUGGAAAGACGCUGAAGCCGGACAGCGUGCGCUCCCAGCUGGAAACGUCCCUGCAGAGGCUGCAGACCGACAGCGUGCACCUCUUCUACCUCCACGCCCCAGAUCACCAAAACCCCAUCCAGGAUACUUUGAGGGCUUGCAAUGAACUCCACAAAGAGGGAAAAUUCAAGGAGUUUGGGCUGUCGAACUAUGCAUCAUGGGAAGUGGCGGAAAUUGUUAGUAUUUGCAGACACAACAACUGGAUUGUUCCCACAGUGUAUCAGGGGAUGUACAAUGCCACUACAAGACAGGUGGAAACUGAGCUGCUGCCAUGCCUGAGAAACUAUGGGAUUAGGUUCUACGCGUACAAUCCUCUGGCAGGUGGCCUUCUGACAGGAAAGUACCACUACGAAGACAAAGAUGCUUCUAAGCCUGCGGGACGAUUCUUUGGUAACAACUGGGCUGCAGCAUACAGGGACAGAUACUGGAAGAAGAGUCAUUUUGAUGCCAUAGAUCUGGUUCUCAAGGCCUUGGAGACAGCGUAUGGCUCAGAGAAACCGUCCCUGACCUCUGCUGCGAUGCGCUGGAUGUACCACCACUCCCAACUGAAGGGUGAUCUUGGGGAUGGAGUGAUCAUUGGCAUGUCAAACAUGGAGCAACUUCAGCAAAACCUGACAGCUGCAGAGGAGGGAACUCUGGACCAGAGAGUGGUCGACGCCUUCAAGGACGCCUGGAACCUUGUUGUCCACGAGUGCCCCAACUACUUCAGAUGAGGACGCUGUUCUCAAGACACUGUGAUCCAAAAACUUGCACUUUGUUCAUUGCAUUAAGAUUCUACAGAACAUAAUUUACUUUCCCUUAAUUUUUCAUGAUUUUUGACUGUUAUCAUGUUUACUUUCAAAAUGAUGAGCUGGAGAUCUGUGUGAAGAUGUUAAAGCAGUUCAUUGUAUAAAUGUAAAAAUAACAACGUAAUAUUUCAACACAAAGUAAUAAUCCCAGUCAAUAAAAUGCCUUUCUAACAUGA